UUGUUAAACGAUCGAUAAUCAAGCAACAGCUAGGAAAUGGCUCCUCCUUUCUUUUUGUCCAAAAAUUUGCUCAGGAGAAAAGGGAACCAGCUCAAUCUCCAAGGGAAGCUUGGUAAUGUCCACGUACCCCACUUGAAAUUUCAGAAGUACUCUUAUCUUGCCAAUACAUCGGAGGAGCUUCGAAACCAGCCUUUGUUAUUUCAUGUGGAGGGGGCACUUUUGAAAUCACCAUCCCUCUUCCCUUACUUCAUGCUGGUGGCCUUUGAAGCUGGAGGGCCCUUGAGAGCUCUUAUUCUGUUUCUUUUGUACCCUUUUGUAAAACUGUUUUGUUUGGUCGAUGAGGAACUGGGACUGAAGAUUAUGGUUUUUGUAUGUUUUGUGGGGAUCAGGAAGGAGAGUUUUAGAGCUGGAAGAGCUGUGUUGCCCAAGUUUUUCUUAGAGGAUGUUGGGUGUGAAUGCUUUGAUGUGGUGAUGAGAAGUGGGAGAAGGGUGGGAGUGACUAAUUUGCCUAAAGUAAUGGUGGAUGAUUUUCUGAGAGAAUACAUGGGAGUUGAGGCUGUCUUGGGGAGAGAGUUGAAGGUAGUUUGUGGGUAUUUUUUGGGUUUGAUGGAGGAAAACAAGCCAACUAAGACUGUUUUGAAAGAGGUCUUUGGGGAGGAAAAGGGAUGUGCUAAUGUGGUGGGUAUUGGUUCCUAUAACAUGUCUCUUCAUCACGAGCAACUUUUUUCUCAUUGCAAGGUAAUUUGCUUGGUAAGUGAGGCUGAGAAGAAGAAUUGUCAAGUCCUUCCAAUGGAGAAAUAUCCAAAGCCAUUGAUCUUCCACGAUGGAAGAUUGGUUUUUCGGCCAACUCCACUUGCUUUUUUAGUCAUGUUAAUGUGGGCACCGUUAGGUUUUUUGCUUUGCUUGAUCAGAGCCGCUGUUGCCAUACUACUCCCUUUCAAGAUAUCCAUGCCAAUCUUGGGACUUCUUGGGAUGAAAUGCACUGUAUCAUGGCCAAGCUCCUCUGUUACCUCAAACAACAACAACCAUGAAGAAAAAUCAAAGGGCAUACUUUAUGUCUGCAACCACAGAACUCUGAUUGACCCAAUAUAUGUUUCAGUUGCUCUCAUGAAACCUGUCAUUGCAGCCACAUACAGCUUAAGUACAAUUACUGAGCGGUUUUCACCACUCAAAACGAUUCGAUUAACAAGAAACAAGGAGGAAGAUUCAAAGAAGAUGGCGGAGCAGCUGAGCCAGGGGAACCUUGUGGUUUGUCCAGAAGGAACAACUUGUAGGGAACCUUAUCUACUUCGAUUUAGUCCUCUGUUUGCAGAGACAACUGACGAGAUAGUUCCCAUUGCCAUCGAUAUUCAGGUUGGCAUGUUCUAUGGAACAACAGCUUGUGGGUUUAAAUGCUUAGACCCUGUAUUUCUACUCAUGAAUCCAACUACCUCAUGCACUGUCAACAUUCUUGGGAAGUUACCAAGAGAUUUUACAUGUGGGGUUGGAGGAAAAUCCAAGUUUGAAGUAGCCAACCAUGUGCAGGCAAUGAUAGCUGAAGCCUUGCUGUUUGAGUGCACCAAUUUGACAAGGAAAGACAAGUACAUGAUCUUGGCAGGAAACGAGGGGAAAAUAUAGUUGGCAAAUCAUUCCAAAAGAUCAGGAACUCGAUCUCAAAGAAUUCUAAAUUGAUCUUAUUGUUGGCUACACAAUGGUUUUUAUAAUUACCAUAAAAGCAUAUUGUAAGAACACUGUGAAAACUGAGAAUUGAUCUCAAUUAAUCAGUGUCUAAUAUAUUAUCUAUGAGAAACACUAACAUUUUCUGUUUCAA